AUCGCAUAUUUGUAAUGUCUCCUGAAAAUAUUAUCCACUAUAUACACAUUAUCCAUUCACAUGGCACACACACUUACUCAGUUAGCAGGCAAUUAUUACAAGACCAUCCCAUAUUCUAUUCAAUGAUUUGGUUCAUUCGUGUGUCAUGUGUAAGGAAAAUUCAGCUUUUUUCCCUACUGUGCUUCGCUCAACUCAAUUUUCCUGUCUUCAUAAAAAAAAGUACACACAUUCCUUUCCGAGGAUGAUCUUGUUGUGUCAUUGUUGGCAGUCAUUCGAAGCGGAUAUCCAGUUUUUUCAAAACAACGGCCAAGGUCUUUUACAUAUAGUGCUAUUGCCUUAUUUCCGAGAAAAAAUAUACAAAUUUUUUUCCUGUUUUCUUGACUUUAACAUAUGAAAGUGAAAAAUGGCAACGGGAAUCACGGUCUUCUUAAGACACAAAUUGUUGCAAAAUUGAUUAUUUUUAUUUCAUUCUCUUUCGUUUCUCAUCCUUAAAGUGAAAUAAGACCCGCGCGGCAUACAGUUUAGUAACAAAAAAAUAAAACGAGUUUAAAUUUAUUUGAGUGAAAAUUUCGGUCAAUCUUGGAAAGUGAUAAUAACCUAAAAAAUAUAUAAAACAUGACCUAUAGUAAUGUGAUUAUAAUGAAAUUCAUGAAGUGAUUGAUUUAUUAGUGUACAUGCUAUAAUAGUUGGAAGGAUUUUAUAAACGAAAAUAGUUCAAAAUAUUCAGAAUAGUUUUUAAAUUGCAGUUUCUGACACAAAAAAGGAAAUAUUCUAUAUACUUUAUAUUUUUUGAUUGUGUAAAUUAGAAAAUCUAAUAUGUAUGAAAGCUCGUGUUCAUAUCAAUCUGCUUUGGACUUAAAGAGAACAGCAGUGUCACCGUCAAGUUCAAUUAUAAAAACCGAAGAUUUUGGGUUUGGUCAAUGUGCAACAGAUUGGUCAUCAUAUCGCUUUCAUCAAUCAACAUUUGAGCAAUUGAAGCAGAGUGUUGAGAAAGCGAAAGCAGCACUGCAAGAUCGAAGUUUCUUGGGCACGAGUAGCGCAUUUAGCGACUUGUAUUCAUCUCAACGAAUUAAUGACCACAAUGAAAAUGUUUCUACUUCACCAUUAAGUAAUAAUGUCAUUCACAAUGGAAACAACAGUAAUAACAAUAAUAAUAACAACAACAAUAAUAGCACAAACUCUUUAAACUCAAACACCAUCAAUACAUCGCCAAAUGGCACAAAUAGUGUGUCUCAAGCAAAUCACAAUCACUCUCAAAAUGAUGGACUGACAACACAUAGACUUAAUGCUACAUCACACAUUACUGGACAACCAUUGAGCAAUGAUUCAUCAAAUAUAGGUACAUCAAAUAAAAAUAGACAUCAAAUUUCAGUUGUGAGUGAUAAGGCAUUAAUUUCUCAAAAUACAUCACAAAGUGACAACACAAAGUCUUCAAAAUUCCUCCCAGAAUCAUCAUACAAAACAUCAUGGACGACUCACACAUCGCAGGCACAAGCAGGAUAUACUGCAAACGCCUUGACGACUGUGAGCGUCGGAAAGACUUCAUUAGAUUCACAUUCACACUUCAGACAACCUGAUCCAUAUCAAAUGUUUGGAGCGACUAGCAGUAGACUAGCAAGUUCAGGUUCAGGACAAAUUCAAUUGUGGCAAUUUCUACUAGAACUACUUAGUGAUUCAGCAAAUUCAGGCUGCAUAACUUGGGAGGGGACGAAUGGUGAAUUUAAGUUGUCUGAUCCUGAUGAAGUCGCUAGAAGAUGGGGCGAAAGGAAGUCUAAACCUAAUAUGAAUUAUGAUAAGCUGAGUCGAGCAUUAAGAUAUUAUUACGAUAAGAACAUAAUGACCAAAGUACAUGGAAAACGUUAUGCGUACAAAUUCGAUUUUGCGGGACUUGCAGCGGCAACACAACCACAAGCAACAGAUGCCUCAUAUAAGUAUCAAAGUGAUUUCCUUAUGUCGCCAUAUCAUGGAGCAAAACUCAGUUCCUUCAUGUCUCCGCAUCACAGUAUGACAUCAUCAUCUGCAUCGAUUUUUCCAUCGUCGCUGGGUUACAGCAAUUGGGGAAGUCCUACAAAUUUAUAUCCGCCACACUCGAUGAGUAACCUCCAUACAUCAUCUCAUGUGACUCCGCAUCUCAGCUCAUAUUCACAUCACUACGCAUGACAAUCACAUACGAAUCCUGCAAAUCAUCAGGUAGAAAAUUUUGAACUCUACAAAAAGCUCUCGCCGUAUGAAUAAUAUACGGGAAUGUAAAAAUUUGUAUGGAAAAGUUGAUAAAAAAUUUAUUUAUUUAUUUUUAUUUUUUAAAUUGAAAAUCAUCAUGGAAAAUUAGGCGUUUCCAAUAUAAAUAUGAACUACACUUAUAGAUAUAUACUCAAUACAGAUAAAAGGAUGAGUUAUGAACGAAAUAAUAAAAGCAAUUUUUUUGUUGAAGGAUUUUUUGUUUAAAUUUAAAAUCUGAAAAUGAGGAAAAAGAUUUUUGUAAAUAUGAGAAGAAUUAAUGGAAAGUCACCUAGUUGAUUGAACACAAUUUUCAGUUUAAAGGCGUUGUUUCCAAUUUAAAAUAGUCAAGGGAUGGACAUCUUUGGAGUGAAAUUUUGUUGAUUUUGGAGAAUGAAGUUGAAAAAAAAAUUGCAAAAAUUCUUGCAAAAAAUUAAAAGAUUAAUUCAAAAAUUGUGAAAAUUUUUGCAAUAUUUUAAAAAUUCUUACAAAAUUCAAAAUCCAUCUUAAAAGUGUCCAACUCUUGAUUCCACCUAUAUUAAUGACAAAAAAAAAGUCCCCAAAAU